AUGAAUGAUGUUAAAGCUUAUGACGACUACUUCAUCCAAAAAAAGGGAUGCAAUGGUCGUUUGGGGUUGUCUUCUAUACAAAAGAUGACAACUGCAAUACGUAUACUCGCAUAUGGUUGUGCAGCCAAUCAUUGUGACGAGUAUAUUAAAAUCGGUGAGAGCACUGCUACUGAAGCUCUGAUGACAUUUUGUAAGGCUGUUAUUAGUGUGUGUGGGGAAGAGUACAUGCGCCCACUGAACGAAGUCGACAUAGCACGACUAUUUCAAGAAGGGAAGGAGAGAGGAUUCCCGGGUAUGUUUGGUUCUAUCGACUAUAUGUACUGGGAGUGGAAGAAUUGUCCAGUGGCGUGGAGUGGCAUGGCACACAUAAAGGACACUCUCAUAUGCCUAUGCUCAUAUUGGAGGCGAUUGCCUCAAAAGAUUUGUGGAUCUGGCAUGCAUUCUUUGGAAUGCCUGGUUCACACAAUGAUAUUAAUGUGUUGGAUCAUUCUCUGGUAUUCUCCGGUAUUCGACAGUAUCGUUAUUGGCCAAAUUUCUCCAGUUAAUUUCAUUGUGAAUGGCCAUUACCAUACAAUAGGGUAUUACCUAUCUAAUGAUAUAUACCUUAAGUGGGCAACUUUGAUGCAGACCAUCCCGCACCUAACUACAGCAAAAGAACAACUUUUUGCUCAGAGACAGGAGGCCUGUAAGAAAGAUUUGAAAUGA